CCAACCUCAACCCUUCUCACCAAAGCAAGCACCACUACCCACGUACUUCAAGUUACGCUAUUCUCUCAUCCUCACCAACAUCAUCAUCAAUGGUUACCAAAACAAAGAACGCCGCGAAUCUCAAAAUCAAGAAACCUUCCAACAACAACAACAAUGCAACCGAGAUUCACUUUCGCGGCGUAAGAAAGCGACCAUGGGGCCGUUACGCCGCCGAGAUUCGCGAUCCCGGUAAGAAAAGCCGCGUCUGGCUAGGUACCUUUGACACCGCCGAAGAAGCUGCCAGAGCUUACGACAACGCCGCUCGUCAGUUCCGUGGCCCAAAAGCCAAAACCAACUUCCCUCCUCCUCCUUCCGAUGUCAAAGAAGAUAGCCCUAGCCAAAGCAGCACCGUUGAAUCAUCUGUCCCUGCUCCUGACCGUGAGGUCACGCGCCGAGAAGUUCCCACCGGCGGUAGCGUCAUGGAUCGGUUCCCUUUUCUCUCGAUUCAGCAACAGAUCAUGCCGUUUGCUGGUGCUGGUGCCGGUGCUGUUGAUGGAAUGGUGCCAGUUUUCUUUUACGAUCCAGCGGGUCGAGCUGAGUUUUUGAACCAGCGGUUUACUAACAGGUUUGAACCGGAACCGGUUCAGUUUAACAUCGGGUUUGGAGGUGGGGUCCAGAGUGAUUCGGAUUCGUCCUCUGUUGUUGAUUGUCAGCCGAAGAGAGCUCUCAAUCUUGAUCUUAACUUAGCUCCACCAAUGGAAUAUUAAUUUAUUUGAUUAACACCUUUUAAUUUUGUUUAAAAAAAUAUUAUCUCACCUUAUUUAGAUGAAAAUUAGAAAAAACAGAGAAAGGACAAAGUUUACUGUUUUUUUAUUUUGGAAUUUAAUCUCCCAUUAUUUUGAGGAAGAUAAAGUUGUUAAUUACAUCCUUUGAUGUGAAUAUGUUACUAUUAGAUUUGAGUUUUCGUUUUCUUUGUUUUCAAUUAAUUAACCAGCUUAAAGAACAUGAUCCGAAAUUAUCUACUA